AUGCCGGUGACCGUGACCCGCACGACCGUCACCACCACCAUGUCGUCCUCCUCAGGCCUGGGCUCCCCAACCAUCGUGGGGUCCCCUAGGGCGCUGACCCAGCCCCUGGGCCUCCUCCGCCUGCUGCAGCUGGUGUCCACCUGCGUGGCCUUCUCACUGGUGGCCAGUGUGGGUGCUUGGACGGGGUCCAUGGGUAACUGGUCCAUGUUCACGUGGUGCUUCUGCUUCUCCGUGACCCUCAUCAUCCUCAUAGUCGAGUUGGGCGGGCUCCAGGCCCGCUUCCCCCUGUCCUGGCGAAACUUCCCCAUCACCUACGCCUGCUACGCCGCCCUCUUCUGCCUGUCGGCCUCCAUCAUCUACCCCACCACCUACGUCCAGUUCUUGUCUCACGGCCGCUCCCGGGACCACGCCAUCGCCGCCACCGCCUUCUCCUGCAUCGCCUGCGUGGCUUAUGCCACCGAAGUGGCCUGGACCCGGGCCCGGCCCGGGGAGAUCACCGGAUACAUGGCCACCGUGCCGGGCCUGCUCAAGGUGCUGGAGACCUUCGUGGCCUGUGUCAUCUUUGCCUUCAUCAGCAGCCCGCACCUGUACCAGCACCAGCCGGCGCUGGAGUGGUGCGUGGCCGUGUACUCGAUCUGCUUCAUCCUGGCGGCCGUGGCCAUCCUGCUGAACCUGGGUGACUGCACCAACGUGCUGCCCAUCUCCUUCCCCAGCUUCCUGUCCGGGCUGGCCCUGCUGUCGGUCCUCCUGUAUGCCACUGCCCUGGUUCUCUGGCCGCUCUACCAGUUCGACGAGAAGUACGGCGGCCAACCGCGGCGCUCAAGGGAUGUGAACUGCGGCGACAGGCACACCUUCUACGUGUGCACCUGGGACCGCCGGCUGGCCGUGGCCAUCCUGACGGCCAUCAACCUGCUGGCUUACGUGGCUGACCUCGUGUACUCGGCCCGCCUGGUUUUUGUUCGGGUGUGAGGCUCCGGCCGGGGGCUCUUGACUCCCCCCUUGUGCCCAGGUUCUCACUUCCUCUUCCGGGCUCCCUGUCUUCCACCUUUCUCCUGUCCUUCCCAACUCCCCUUGCUCUUUUCCGUUUCUUUCGCUUCUGGGCUCCUCUCUCCUUCCCUUCCUGUUUUGUUUGGUUGCCCGUAUCCUGUUUGGCCCAUUUGCCCUUCUGUUUUCAUGGUCUUCUUUUCUGACCUGUUCUGCCUCUCCUGGCUCUUUUCUGGUCCUCUCAUUUUCUCGUCUGCCUGUGUCUUAGCCACCCCUUCCCGUUUUCUUUCUUCCAAUUUCCUCGGGAGCUCCAAGACUCCUUCUUCUCUACCCCCACCUCCAAAGGUGCUGAGCUCCACCUGUCCCACACCUCUCUCUGCAGCUGUUAAUACCCCUGGCCUCCCCGAGGGGCCUCAUUGCCAAAGCAUGCCUGCCCGCCCUGGCCGUGCCUUGUUGGUGUGUACGUGUGUGUUUGGGGGAGAGGGGGGGAGGGUAGCUAGGGAUUGGGCUCCCUUUCUCCCAGGGGAGGGGGGUGUACCGUACAGGUCCCCUUUAAGUUAAAAAAAAAAAAAAU